ACUCGCCCCCCUCUUCCCCCUUCUAGAAGUGGUCGGGGGGGAGGAAAAAUCUGUGGAAUUCAUUUCCUGUUGAGAGAGAGAGAGAGCGAAAGAGAGAGAGACACAGAGAGCGAAAGAGAGGUUGAAGGAGGACGUCCCUGGGGUGAGCCAGGACAGAGGGAGCGCAAUGGAGGAGAAAGAGGACUAGCAGGACAAACUAAAAUAGUUAGUCAAACUUAAACAAAGUCCGUUCAGUGUGCUCGGCGUCAGCUUGAGGGAGUAUGGCCGAGCCCCUGCUGAAGAGAACCUUCUCCCGGCUGCGAUCCCGACGGAGAGCCGCCGACCCCAAAGUCUCCGAUGUCUGUGUCAUUCAGACUUCUUCCUCAUCGUCAUCAUCAUCUAGCCGUGUCGGCCCCACCGCCCCGUCCUCAGGACAACACAUCACCGUUGCUAAGAAACAGCAGUGGGCUCAGCAGGGCUCCAGCCGGGACGCUCUCCCAGGAAACAGCCAGGCUUCAUCUGGAGGCCUCGCCGGGAGGCUGCCCCCAGCCCCGGCCCCUUCUGGAGGCCUCCCCGGGAGGCCGACACCAGACCAAGACAAGCCUUCAUCUGCAGGUCUCACUGGGAGACAGACACUCGCUGAUGACAAGGGUUGUGGGGUGAGGCCUGCUGUUGGUCUGGACCGGGAGCACAGCAGCAGAUCCCAGGCCCAGGCCUCUGUCUGCCCCCCCAGGGGGCCCUACCUGCAGAGCCUGGAGCACAGCCGGCGAACCUGGGUAAUGUCUUCAGGAAAGGCCCAGGCUUCAGAUGAGGCCUCCCGGCUGGAGCCCUGCAGAGGUCAAGUGGAGCGUGGAACCAUCUGGUACAACCCCAUUCCAGAGGAGGAGGAGGAGCUGCUCUGGCGGAGGAGAGAGGAGGAGAUGGUGCUCGGGCGGAGGAGGGAGGAGGAGGUGGCUGGAGGGAAAGGGCCUUCAACCCUCACGCAACCUACCGAAGACCCCACACCCGUUUCUAACGAUGUCGCACAACCGACCGACGACAUCGCAAACCAACCUGAUGAGAUCACAGUAGAUCACUUAGAACUGCCCAGUAGUGUGGCUCCUCCCCCAGAAUCAAGCCCCUCCUCCCAGAAGAAGGUGGGCAUGAUUGACAGGCUGAAGUCUCCCGGGACGGUCCGGAAGCUGUCCAUGAAGAUGAAGAAACUUCCGGAACUCCGACGCAAACUCAGCCUGCGCUCCUCCCGCUCCAACCGCCACGGGAGCAAGGCAGAGGGAGGGGAGGAGGGGCCCUCCUGGACCAAUAAGGAAACGCCAUCCUUGGCAUCGAAUCAGAACGUGCUCAGCAGAUAUCACCUCGAUAGCUCCGCCCCCCCAGCCAGGCCAGUCCGCCGGUCCUCCAGGGGGCGCUCUAGCAAAGGAGGUUACCUUAGUGAUGGGGAUUCCCCUGAACUGCUGCCACGGCAACCGGCGGGCUCCCAGAGGGCCCCGGAGGGGGGCUAUGAUGUCUCGUCCUUCCGUCUGUACGUGGGGGCGGAGCAGCCGCGCGGCCCGCAGAGGGUCUCCGGGCUGCUGACUGUCCACCUGCUGGGGCUGGACGAGAUGAGCAAGACCAGAUGUGACAGCGGGGGGAAGGAGGUGUUCUUGGCCAUCCAGGUGGACGGGGUGACCCGGGCCCGCACCUCCCUGCUGACCCUGAGGGGGGCGGCGCUGCCCCUCAACCACACCUUCCACCUGCAGCUGGAGAGAGCCAGGCAGCUACGGCUAGUGGUGCUAACGCCGCAGGCUAACACGGAUCCGUUGACCAAUGAAACACACACUUCCGCCUCCAGCGGACCAAUCAAAAACCGGGUCUGUUGUCUCGGAGGGCUGUCCAUCCCUCUGCUCUUCAAAGCCUGCCGUUCUCAGCAGCUGUGUGUGAAGCUGGACCCGAGAGGACUGCUCUACGUCAAACUGUCUCUGCAGGAGCACUGGAGUGUACCGUCGACCACCCCGCAGGAGGGCGGCGAGAGGGUGUUUGGAGUGGAACUGCACCACCUGGUGGACAGAGAGAGGACUGCUGCUCCAGUUCCUAUCCUCAUUCAGAAAACCGUGAAGGAGAUCGAGAGGAGGGGGAUACAGGUGGUGGGGCUGUACAGGUUGUGUGGCUCUGCGGCCGUGAAGAAGGAUCUGCGAGACAGUUUUGAGAAGGACAGUUCAGCCGUGUGCCUCUCCGAGGAGCAGUACCCCGACAUCAACGUACUCACAGGUAUAUUAAAGGACUACCUCAGAGCCCUGCCGUCCCCACUCAUCACCAGCCGUCUCUAUGACGAUGUGCUGGCCGCCAUGAGACUCCGCCCCCUGCAGACUGGCCCCGCCCCCCCGUGCCCCGCCCCCUCUGGCUCGGUCAACUGCCCGGUGGAGUUGCUGGACUGCCUGCCCCCCCCAGAGAAGGCCACUCUGUCGCUGCUGCUGGACCACCUCAGCCUGGUGGCCUCCUUCAGGUCCUCCAACAGGAUGACCCCCCAGAACCUGGCCGUGUGCUUCGGCCCGGUGCUGCUGGCCUCCACCGACGGGGUGCCGGCGGCCCGGGAGGGGGGCAGGGAGGCGGGGAAGGACAGCCCACCCGUCACGGCCGUGGACUUCAAGCGCCACAUCGAGGUGCUUCACUACCUGCUGGCGCUCUGGCCCGUUCCGUCGGGCGGAGAUCCGGAGGAGGAGGAAGUCGACGCAGCUCCUCUCUACGGCCCACACCCGUCUCCACCCCCAUCCCCGCCCUCCCCCCCUGUUACCCACACCCCCCUGGGCCAGCCGCCCAGCCGCGCGGCUCUACGAUUGGCUCUGCCACAGAACCCCAAUCAGCAAGUGGUUGUUUCUCGUCGGGGGCGUGGGCUUGCCCGAUUGGACAGCCCUCCACCGAUCAAUCGCUACGCUGGUGACUGGAGUGUCUGCGGGAGGGACUUCCUGUCUGGACAGGAUGCAGAUUAUGAUGAAGUUGCUGGAAGCGGGAGUGAAGAAGGGAGCGACGAGGAGGAGAAGAAGGAGGAGGGGUGGUCUUCGGGAAGGAUGUUCAUGGAGGAGUUUGACGCUCCGUUCAGCUGCAGACUGAGCCUGAAGGACUUUGACCGCCUCAUCCUCGACCUGGACCGCGAGUUAGCCAAGCAGAUCAACAUAUGUCUGUAGCGAGUGUGUGUGUGUGUGUGUGUGUGUGUAAUCUAGACAUGACCAGCGGAGCUCAGAGACUUCUGGUGAUGUUGACCAAGACAUGACCAGCGGAGCUCAGACACUUCUGGUAAUGUUGACCAAGACAUGACCAGCGGAGCUCAGACACUUCUGGUAAUGUUGACCCAGACAUGACCAGCGGAGCUCAGAGCCGGUUGGUGAUGUUGACCAAGACAUGACCAGCGGAGCUCAGAGCCGGUUGGUGAUGUUGACCAAGACAUGACCAGCGGAGCUCAGAGCCGGUUGGUGAUGUUGACCAAGACAUGACCAGCGGAGCUCCGAUACGGCUUGGGAUGGGGACUGCUGGUCAUAUGUUGAGGCUGUCUGACAGCUGCCCGCUUCACCGUUUCAAACACCACGCAGUGCCUUUGUGAUAGUAUUUUUUGUAUUUAUGUGGCACGUCAGGGUAGAUGUAUAUGAAGUAUGAUGGGAGGUCAGUUUGCACUGUUUAAGCCUUAUUCUAAACAAAUACGAGUAGUACUAUUCCUAAGAACCAAACGACUCAAAUAUACCAAAUACUAUUAAAUAAGCUAUCAGCUAUGCUUCACUUCAACGUUCUCAACAUCACAUGUGUGACCCAUUAAUAUAUGGCUCCAUCGCUGGUUACCAUAUCAACCUGGUUACAAUGGUCCGCUGGUUACCACCUGCCGGUUAAUGAUAUUAACCAACCGCAACCGACUAACCUGGUUGACAUGUUAACACGGAACAAUCUUUGUAAACUAUGAAGUGCAGAUUAUUAGCUGUGUCUGUUGCUAUAUAUUUUUGCCCUUUUUUGCUGGGUGUAUUCAAAUUAUAACCAAAACAAUCUGAUUGGACAGCUGUGCUGCCAGAUAGGUUGCCACGGUGACGCCAAGUAGACUAAUGGAGGAUGUUAUUGAUGUAAGUUUUUUUUUUCUGUUUUGCAUAAUGAACAUUACCAGGUGGAGCCAAACAGUAUUACUUUUAAUGUUGUUUUUAAUGCUAAUUGUGUUGCAGUUAAGCCAUACGAUGUUGUCAGUGUUAGGGCUGGCAGUGUGAGGCCCCCUCGUGGUGUAUUGCAGUAUUACACACUCCUUUCAGGAACCGUGUUGGGUAGCUCUGACGGUAACAGGACGGGACGUUAGUCCAACGGUACGGAGAAAUCAGAGUUCUAACACGUCUGUAGUUUAGUGGUGUUACCCAUCUGUAGUUUUUCGAUUUCCAGCUGUAGUUUAGAACUCCCUCAUCAAAGUGUUUCAUCUUUAGUUUAGUGUUCUUACUCAUCUGUUGUUGAGUUUGUAUCCAUCUGUGGUUUAGACUUCCAUCAGUAGUUUAGAGUUCUAACCUGUGUGUAGCUUAGUGUCCUUACCCAUCUGUAGUGUGUUUUUCCGUCAGUAGUUUUGAGUUCCAUCUGUUGUUUAGAAUUUCAUCUGUGCUAUACUUUUACCAUCUGUAGUUUAGAGUUCUAGUUUCGAGCUACAUCUGUAGUUCUGAGCUCCAUCUGUAUCUGUCGUAUAAUGUUCCAUCUGUCAUUGAGAGUUCCAUCUGUAGUUUAGAGUUCUUAACCAUCUGUAGUUUAGAGUUCUUAACCAUCUGUAGUUGACAGUUCUAUCUGUAGUUUAUAGUUCCAUUUGUAGUUAAGAGUUCAUACCCAUCUGUAGUUUCGAGUUGUUACCAAUCUGCCGUUUAGAGUUCCAUCUGUAGUUUAGAGUUGGUACUCUUUUGUAAGGCAACACAAGGAAUUCCAAGGCCAUAUGUCAUGUUCAGUAAAGUGUACAUUUUCAGAUGUCGUGUAGUAUGGAAUAUUUUACAUGUCAUGUUCUAAGCACAACAAAUAACCAUUUACAGUUUGUUUUAUCAAAUGUAUUAUACGUGAUGUAAUGGUGUGUGUAUUUUAUUUUACGUGUUGCACAACUUCAGUACGCACUUAUGUUUUACUGUUGGUGAUGAAGAUGAUGGAGAGGACAAAGAUGUAACCAAAGUAUUAAAGCACAGUUGCCCAGGCAGCCAGAUGUCUGUCUCUUAUCAGACAAGUUAAUAAAAACCUUUUUAUUGUA